CGACGUACGUAUUAUCUAUUUUUCUUACUGCAUCCAGUACAUGCAUGUGCAUACGCAUGCCAGCGAGCCCAGCGUAAAACAAAGCAAAUACUAAAUCUUGUCAUCAAAUUAUCGCUCUGGUGAUCGAAUACUCUAGUACAAGUACGUUGUUCCAUUGAUGGCAGCUGUCGCCGCUGGCGGUGCAACUUCUCCUGCCAACCCUAACUACAAGACACGCGAACUUGUCCACCAGCUGUCGCUGACCGAAGCGAAAGUCUUGAUUGCUCACCCGGAAAACAUUGAUACAGCCAUCGAAGCAGCUGACCAAGUUGGUCUUCCCAGAGACCGCAUCUUUGUGUUCGGCUACAAGGCCGUUAAGGGAUGUCUUCCAUUCUUGGCACUGAUGGGAUCGCGUCGCGCCGAAUUGGUUCAUCUCACACCCGAGGAGUCCAAGCAACUACCAGCUUAUCUGUGCUUCUCAUCCGGCACCACGGGACCCAGCAAAGGUGUCAUAACUACUCACGCCAACAUGAAUGUGAACUUGUUGCAAUACUGUGCUGCUGACGGUCCUUUUAUUGAUGGCAGUAAGGAUUGCACCUUUGCCACUCUGCCAUUCUUCCAUAUCUUUGCCUUGACCAACAUUCUGCAUUUGGCGUUCUACGUUGGCCUACCCGUCUACGUUAUGAAGCGUUUCCACCUUGAGCGUCUGUGCCAAUUGAUCCAAUCCAAGAAAAUUUCGUUCGCUUACUUGGUGCCACCGAUCCUGCUGCAGAUUGCUAAGGAAGCCGUCGCUCAGAAGUAUGAUUUAUCGUCUAUCAAGUGGAUCCAAUGUGCCGCUGCACCUCUUGCACCGGAACUGUUGGCUGCUCUCAAGGAGCGUCUGCCUAAUACUUCGAUCAAACAAGCGUAUGGUCUCACAGAAUCAUCGCCGGUCGCUGUGUCCGAAAUCCCCUUCAAGACCACUCCAGGCUCAGUCGGUUACUUAAUGCCCAACAUGACAGCCAAGCUUGUCAACGAGGAUGGUAAAGAGGUUGGCUUUGAUGAGCGUGGUGAAAUUUGGCUAAAGGGUCCCAAUAUUAUGAAGGGUUACAUUCGGAACCCGGAAGCCACAGCCGCUUCAAUUGACAAGGAUGGCUAUUUCCACACCGGUGACGUUGGCGUAGUAGAUAAGGAAGGCCGCUUCUACAUUGUGGAUCGUCUCAAGGAAUUGAUUAAAUACAAGGGCUUCCAAGUGCCUCCUGCUGAACUCGAAGCUAUUUUGUUAAAAUCGCCCGAUGUGGCCGAUGCCGCAGUCAUUGGUGUCUAUGAUCCUAGCCAAGCAUCCGAGGUUCCAACCGCCUACAUCAAGACUAUGCCGAAUGUACCACGUACCCAGGAAACUGCCGACCGUAUCAAAAAGUUCGUCGCUGAUCAGGUUGUUUCUUACAAGAAACUGCGCGGUUUGGUCUUUAUUGAUGCUAUUCCCAAAAGUGAAUCCGGCAAGAUCCUUAGACGCGUUUUGCGUGACGCUGCUCAAAAGGCGGCAAAGGAUAAGAUUGCAACCCAAGUUGAAACCAGCGCUCGUUUGUAGUUUGGCCAAAAUAUCCUAUAUCACUUGUU